UUGAGAAGCUAAUAAGCAAUAAGAAAUGCGAUAAUAUCAUCAGUAUCACCUUAUCCUCAUAUAGAUCAAUUCAAGCUAAACCAUGGCUUUGAGUUCAAUUUUUUGCUCCACUCGCCUCAUUUCCACAUCCCUUGUCACUGUAAAUUCAGCUUCACACACUUGCUAUGUUCCACACAAGCAACGCAAGAGUGAGUUUCCACUCCCCGCAGUGGCUUCAGUCCCUUACCAACCCAUCAACUAUGAUUAUCUACAAGAGGAGUUCAAUGGACUUGGUGUCACCUUUGAAGAAGCUGGUGGUGACAGUUGCAUGGCAAAGAUGGAGUUGAAAAAUGGAAGCACUGCAACGCUGUUGCUACCAAGUGGGUUGAUCACUUCCUACAAGGCCCCCAUGUGGCAUGGUGGCAAGGUGGAGCUUCUCCACACUGCAGUUUCAGAGGGGGAAUAUGGCCAUGCCAUCAUCCAAGGAGGGGUGUCUUUAAACUUCAAUUUUCAAACCAUUCAUGAUGAUGAUGGAGAGUCUUGGUCUCCAACUAACUGGGUUCUCCAUAAUAUCAAAGGCAAUGCUGAGGAAUCGAUUCAGGUAGAAUUAAUAAACAGAGCAGCAGAGGACAAGAUUGGGUUAAAAUACAUUGUGACUUUGGAAGAAGAUGUCUUGAGCUCAGAGCUUGAAAUCUCAAACCCAAAAUCUUUACCACUUCAGAUGAUAGGGUCCAUCCUGAGUCAUCUGACAGUAAGCACACCAGAAGCUACUUAUGCAAUAGGAUUGGAAAGAUCAAAUUACUGCAUCAAGCCCCCUUUUGAAUCAGGAUUUGUUUUGAGUCCUCCAGAUUCAGGCCAGGAAGAAGGAGAUGGCAAAAUAUGGAAUUCCUCACCACUUAAGCAACUCUUUCCUCGUUGGGGUGCGAAUAGUCAGAACAGCGAAACAGAAGGAAGCCAAGGAGGUAUUGAAGAGAUCACUGGUGAAGAAAUGGAGAGCUACAAGCAGUUAAGAGACAAAUUAAGUCUUGUAUACACAAAUGCGCCUCGAAGCUUUACAGUUAUUGAUAGGGGUAGAAGAAACUCAGUGGUAAUUGGAAGGAAUGGAUUUGAAGAAACCUACCUCUAUAGUCCUGGCUCAAGAGUUGAAAGUUACAGCAAGGAUGCUUACAUAUGUGUUGGCCAAGCUGCGGUCCUCCAACCAAUAGUACUAGGUCCUGAAGAGGUAUGGAAAGGAGGGCAGUAUCUACAGAAUCCAAAUCUAUAAAAUGAUGCUUAAGCUUGCUUUGAGCAAAUGGUUAGAAAUCACAUUUUAAAAAAAUGGCUUUUGUGUAAAAUAUAGGAUUGUCCCUUUGAAUUUGUUUGGUGUUGGAUAAAGGGUAAAGAGUGCAGCACAUUGAUGUAUCCAAAUGGCUUAACAAUUAUCAUUGUACAAUUUCUAAUGAUAAAAUUGCUCUUUUAAUGAUGUGAAAGAUUUGGAGCAGAAGUCACUACAA